CCUAGAUGGUGCUAAGGCGACCAAAUAAGGCAAGGUGGCAGAUCAGGGGCCCCCCAACCCUGCCCCCGGCUGCUCCAACUGACCCCGUCCAUCAGCGUGCUAUAAAGCCGCGCUCCAGGCGACUGACACUCAGUGCCUGCCGCCAGCUCCCGCCCAGCAGAAACCAGCUGCCCCUAGCACGCCCACAGAUUCCACAGAAGCUGUGCCACGAUGUGUGACGACGAGGAGACCACUGCUUUGGUGUGCGACAAUGGCUCAGGGCUGGUGAAGGCUGGCUUCGCGGGUGAUGAUGCCCCCAGAGCUGUCUUCCCUUCCAUCGUGGGUCGCCCACGCCACCAGGGUGUCAUGGUGGGUAUGGGGCAGAAGGACUCCUAUGUAGGUGAUGAAGCUCAGAGCAAGCGAGGUAUCCUGACUCUGAAAUACCCCAUUGAACAUGGCAUUAUCACCAACUGGGAUGACAUGGAGAAGAUCUGGCACCAUACAUUCUACAAUGAGCUCCGUGUGGCCCCUGAGGAGCACCCGACCCUGCUCACUGAAGCCCCACUGAAUCCCAAGGCCAACCGUGAGAAGAUGACCCAGAUCAUGUUUGAGACCUUCAAUGUCCCUGCCAUGUAUGUGGCCAUCCAAGCAGUGCUGUCUCUGUAUGCUUCUGGAAGAACCACAGGCAUUGUUCUGGACUCUGGUGAUGGUGUAACUCACAACGUCCCCAUCUAUGAGGGUUAUGCCUUACCCCAUGCCAUCAUGCGUCUGGAUCUAGCUGGUCGGGAUCUCACCGACUACCUCAUGAAGAUCCUCACUGAGCGCGGGUACUCCUUUGUCACCACUGCUGAACGGGAAAUUGUCCGUGACAUUAAGGAAAAGCUGUGUUACGUUGCCCUGGACUUUGAGAACGAGAUGGCUACAGCUGCCUCUUCCUCCUCUCUGGAGAAGAGCUAUGAACUGCCUGAUGGCCAGGUCAUCACCAUCGGCAACGAGCGUUUCCGCUGUCCGGAGACACUCUUCCAGCCCUCUUUCAUUGGGAUGGAAUCUGCUGGCAUCCACGAAACUACUUACAAUAGCAUCAUGAAGUGUGACAUCGAUAUCCGUAAGGACCUGUAUGCCAACAAUGUCCUAUCUGGAGGCACCACCAUGUACCCUGGUAUUGCUGAUCGUAUGCAAAAGGAAAUCACUGCGCUGGCUCCCAGCACCAUGAAGAUUAAGAUUAUUGCUCCCCCUGAGCGUAAAUAUUCUGUCUGGAUUGGAGGCUCCAUCCUGGCCUCUCUGUCCACCUUCCAACAAAUGUGGAUCAGCAAGCAAGAGUAUGAUGAAGCAGGCCCAUCCAUUGUCCAUCGCAAGUGCUUCUAAGUUGUCUCUCUCUUAGUCUUCCUUAUAUUCAGGAUGAUGGUAUUGCGCUUCUUGGAAUCCUCUGAGCCCCACUCCUCCAUCUCUCAUCAGUCAUUGUACAGUUUGUUUACACACGUGCAGUUUGUUUGCGCUUCAAAUAUUUAUUGCUUUAUAAAUAAAUCAGACCAGGACUUGCAACCUACAGAA